AUGCCCCAGCAAGCAUUGCUACUCGAUUCCUCGUUGAUGAACUGUAUUAUAUGCAAUUGCUGUAUUAUCUUACACCCCUCGCGCGAGCACAAGAAGAGGAGGCGGCUCCAAGGCAGGCGACGGCGGGGCCCAGGCGCUGCUGCAAAGAUGCCUCAGGUGAUGGUGGUCGCGCGGAACUUCAUGGACAUGGUGGCCGCACUGCCUGCCGCCAAACUAGACAUGCUCUACGAUUCCGCCUUCAUCUGUGAGGCUGUACUCAGGUCGUUCCCACCGCUGGCAAAGAAGUACGUGAUUCAGAUGUUGUACGUGUCGGCACCGAUGCUUGCUGCGGCUAUGCAGGAGUGGGUGCUGGAUGAGUAUGCCUCCAAGCACAAGGUUGCCAUCGAUAGGUUGCUCCAACUCAGGGUAUUUGUGGAAGUACGUGACAGAAGGAAGGAGGUGAGCUACAAGAUGAAUAAUAAGUUUCAGGCUAACAUGCAAAAGUAUUUGGUUAGUGGCGGGUGUUUGCCAAGGGAACCGCUACCAUUCAGUGUCACUGGCAGAUUGCCUACACUGGUGGAACUAGAAAAUUAUGCUCUUGAUCAAUGGGAGUGCUUCUUGCUGCAAUUGAUCAACUCGUCUCAAGUUGAGAAAGGGACCACUUUCAGCUCGUCUAUGAUGAAGACGUUCCAGCGAGGUCUUCUGAGUUCAAGGGAUGGUGAAGCUGCAAAGUUAAGUGAGAAUGGCUUCCAGUUUCUGCUGAUGGAGACAAAUGCACAGCUUUGGUAUAUAAUGAGAGAAUACAUUUCAUCCGCAGAGGAACGCGGGGUGGAUCCCACGGACUUGAUAUCAUUUCUCUUGGAGCUUAGUUUUCAUACACAAGGAGCGGCUUACAGCCUAAGUACUCUGACAGAAGUCCAAAGAGUUGCAAUUAUGGAUCUGAUGGAGCUCGGGUUAGUCAAACUGCAGCAGGGCCGGAAAGAUAGCUGGUUCAUACCUACAAAAUUGGCUACAAAUCUCUCAUCGAGCUUGUCAGAUUCAGCUGCUAGCAAAGAGGGUAUUGUGGUUGUGGAGACAAACUUUAGGUUGUAUGCGUACUCUGCUUCCAAGCUGCACUGUGAAAUUCUACGUCUUUUUUCAAGGGUAGAGUAUCAACUACCAAACCUUAUUGUGGGAGCUAUUACAAAAGAAAGUCUGUAUGGUGCAUUUGAUAACGGGAUCACUGCUGAACAGAUAAUUUCAUUCCUUCAGCAAAAUGCCCACCCUCGUGUCAUCGACAAAAUACCGAUAGUCCCAGAGAAUGUUACAGAUCAGAUUAGGCUGUGGGAGAACGACCGUAACAGGGUCGAGAUGGUCCUGUCACACGUAUACGAAGAUUUCCCGAGCAAGGACAUGUUUGAGCAAUGCUGUGACCACGCAAGGGAUAACGGGUACUUGCUGUGGGAGGACGCGAAGAAGAUGCGAUUGAUAGUGAACGCGGAGUUCCACCAAGAAAUGCGGGAGUUCCUGCGCAGGCAAAGAUGA